CGUCCUGGGAUGGCCUGCACGCUUCCCCAUAAAUUCAAACGCCCCUAGCUACUGUAGCGGCUCGACAGGGACAGGGACAAGGUCAGGGACAGGGUCAGGCCAGCACUGAAAGCGAGCAGCCCUCACUCGCCUCGCCAGUCCGGCCUCUCACCUGUCACCUCUCACCUCUCAUCUCUCUUCCCCAACCAUGCCAUCCAUGCCCGCUCCAUCCCACCACCGCCAGGUCCUGUCCUCCGACCUCUCUCGCGCUCACAGCUGUCCGUCUCUCUCUCUCUCUCCAGUUUCGGCCACAACUAGCUGCCACUGCAUUUCGACGGCGUUAACAAGUUAACGUUCUCGUCGACCUGAGUGACUUGACUGGACUCCACAGCCACACCUGUUUGCUUGGUCUUUCUUCUGCCCUUUCUCUUGCCGUGCCUUCUUGUGCAACCUCUCGUCGUCCUGGACAAAGGUCAACAUCAACAACAAUACCAGACCUGCCAAUUUCUCUCGAGCCUCUGUGACGGCUUCAGGUUGUAGCAGCUCCAAGUCGAACCACGCCCUAAACGAAAUCACUCUCCAGAUCAGCCCUUGCCGGCCUCACUCGAUCGAGCGGAAUUCCCACCUUUCUAAGAGCAUCGGAGUUGAUUCGGCUAAAGCUGGCAAAGGCGAUUGACUGAAUUGUGUGGUUGCAUCAGACCUUGUGGAUUCCCUCCUGCACCUCGUCGCUGCAAGCCCGGCCUGCAAGUUCCCAGUAACGGAUCCAUCUGUCGUUGGCCAUUGGAAAGCCGUAAGUGUGAACCGACCAUUCUCACCCUACUAUUGCCACGAUCGCUCUGCUUCCACGCCAGGAACACCAGAAGAAGUUGUUGAGAGACCUUCACAUAGUAUGCCAACUCGGAACGUGUGGACCUCGCUCGCACACUCCUCUCUCUCCUCCGCGACUUCCUCACUCGACGAUGCUGAAUGAAGCAACAAUUCAAGAACAACAGCCUCUUGUCAUGCCCGCCGCAACGUCAUCCGCCAGUGCAGGAGCCAAUAGUGGGCUGAAUAAUGGAGAAAAUGGUAUGUGAUCAAGGACGCACACUUCGACCUCACAGUUUACUUUUCAGAAUCGAGACGAGGGCAUUACCAUUUUACUGUCCUACGCACCCAGUGUUAGUACUAAUUCGCUCCACAGGUAGUAAUGGAACCUCCAAAACUGCCAACAACUUUCCCCCACCAAAGACCGAUAAACCCAGACCGCACGUAUGCGGUACCUGUUCACGAUCCUUCGCUCGAUUAGAGCAUCUCAAACGCCAUGAACGUUCCCACACAAAAGAAAAACCAUUCGAAUGCCCUGAAUGUGCAAGAUGUUUUGCCCGGCGAGAUCUGUUACUACGACACCAGCAGAAACUACAUAUGACAACGACUCCUUCCUCAAGACCGAGAAAUCGAAGAGAAAGUGCUGCGAGCAGCACCGCAGGUCCGGGAAGAGUACGAAAAGGAUCUGUCGCCAACAGCGGGCAUGGGCCGACCACUAUGAGACCAAGAGCGAAUACCAUCAGCCACGUUGACGGAGCUCAUAUGCAAUUAAUGGCCGCUGCAAAUGUCAAUGUCGCCCGUGGUGGAAUUGCGCCGUCUCAUAGCCGCCACCCCAGUCUCGCUGGCCUGCCAAUGCAGAAUGACUAUCACUUCGGUGGAAUGUCUACGGCUCUUGGUCAACGAGGCAUCAAUCAUGGAUUACCCAAACUGGAAACGCACAGCUUCAACAAUAUUGAUUUCGGAGGUGGUCUGAGAACGGCACCGGCUGUUGGUGGAUUUAACCCCGAGUUUGAUUUUGAAGGGCUGUUGUUUGGACCAGGUUCAACAAUUAAUCCAAACGCACUCCACUACAGUGAUUCUCCACAGUCAAUGGCGAUUGAUGGUGCAUCGCCAUAUCAUCAAGCCUUUCCAGACAUGUCAGCUAGCCAAACAUUGGAGGAGAACUUUGACUGGAUGAAUGGUUUCCAACACCAAAUGUCAUUUCACGAGGGAAACGAGAAUGCGAUUGAUGGAUCAUCACCAUCUGCCAUUAGCACGGCUAGUCAAAGCGGCAUCAGCGAAGUCAUGUUGGACGGAUCUAACAAUCCUGCAACAUCCUCAGCGGCGAUGUGGCAACAGUCAAUGAUGGCACCUCCUUUGAUGACUCCCAACCCAUUUGCCAUGGAUCUUGGUAACCAAGGUUUCCAUGACUUACUGAAUGGUGGCCCCAUGUCCCCUCACAACCUCUCCCAAAAGCCAAAUGAUGCCUACUUCUCGACCCCACCACCCUCAAUGAGCUCACUUAGCCCUUCUGUCAUGCCAGGUAUCACAGCCCAGGGCUUCCAUCCACCAAUGAACCUUGGACCAGAAACACCCAUCUCCAUGAGUGGUAGUAUGCAUUCAAUACUUCCUCUUGCUUCGAUCACGGAUUCUACUCGUCAAGCUCUCCUGGCCGCACUUGCUCAGUGCGCACCUUUUGGCGGCCGGAAGUACAUCUUCUCCGCAACUACCAGUUCACCAUUGUCUCCUCAUUUCCCUGGCCGAUCAAACAGCAUUAGUGAUACCAGCCGGAAUCUGCCUAGCACUCACGAUCUCCAACGUUACAUCGGGUCCUAUAUUCGUUAUUUCCACCCCCAUCUCCCGUUUCUCCAUAUCCCUACUCUUUCAUUUGAUGUCCCGGCUUAUUCGAACGAUGGUCGUGGAAAUCCUGGAUUGGUAGGAGGUCGCGGAUGUCUCAUCUUGUCAAUGGCAGCAAUUGGAGCUCUCUACGAGAUGGAGCAGGUGCAAUCGAAAGAUCUCUUCGACUCAGCCAAGAAAAUGAUUCAACUGUACCUCGAGGAAAGACGGAAAGCCGAUGUGAGGAAGGCCGAUCAUCGGAAAGCUGGUGUUGAUCACGGCCCAAGACUUGCUGAGAACUCUGUCCACACACCAGUCUGGCUCGUCCAAGCUAUGCUACUGAAUGUCGUCUAUGGCCAUAAUUGUGGAGACAAGACGGCCGGGGAUAUUGCAAGCACCCACUGUGCCGCUCUGGUCAGUCUCGCGCGAGCUGCUGAAUUGCUCAAGCCCCAUCCCGCACAGAGCCAAAAUCAACAAGACGUCCACAUGAGCGAUGAGGGCAUGUCAGAUGAGUGGAACAAUACUGGUAUCAAGAGUGAAAUGCCUGACGAGCAACAAGAUUGGUACAACUGGAAGAACAUGGAAGAGCGCAAGCGAACUCUCUAUGCAGUCUUCAUACUUUCAAGUCUGUUGGUCUCUGCUUACAAUCACACGCCAGCUCUGACAAACUCGGAAAUCAUGUUGGAUCUUCCAUGUGACGAGGAAUUUUGGACUGCUGAAACUGCCCAAAGUUUCUAUGCCAAGGGUGGUGCCCGGAUGGCUGAUCACAAUCAAGUCAGAUUUCACGAAGCCUUAGGUGAACUUCUUCGUUCCAGCGAAAAGCAACAACAACAAAUGGCUAAUGGACAAGGAUAUGUUGAAGUCACCAGCGAGCUUCGGCCUAGUACCUUUGGUUGUCUUGUACUCAUCAACGCUCUUCAUAAUUAUAUUUGGGAGACUCGCCAAAGACAUCACAACAAGAUCUGGACAAAUGAGGAGACUGAGAAGAUGCACCGGCACAUCGAACCAGCGCUCAAAGCGUGGCAAGCUGCUUGGGCCAGUAAUCCUCACCACAGCCUGGAGCGGCCUAAUCCUUAUGGAUUUGGCCCUCUUUCUGCCGAUAGCAUCCCUCUUCUGGAUCUUGCGUAUGUCCGACUGUUUGUAAAUCUGUCCCGGUCGAAGGAGAAGUUCUGGCAGCGUGAUUGGGAUGGAAUGGCAGAGGAAUUAUCACGUGGAAGCGAAAUCAUUCAACAUGCACAGCACUCUCCUGCGUCUAACUCGGAGUCAACAGAACCAUCAGAUAACUCCGCCACUAGUUCCAUUUUCGUCGACUCUCCUCCCACCUCGACCUCCUCGCCAGAGUUCAAAGCUACCGGACUUCCUACCAAUGGCAAUCAUGGAACCUCGCAGCCUGUCUCAUCGUCGAAGCGAGAACGCCAUCUCAGAAAAGCUGCUUUUUAUGCCGCUGAUUCACUCUCAAUGUCUGACAAACUUGGUGUGACCUUUGCCGAUUUUACAUCCAGGGAGCUCCCAUUGCAAUCAGCCAUGUGUGCAUUUGACUGUGCCCAGGUCCUCGCCGAGUGGGUAGCGACGGUUCAGGAGCGUGUUGGGCGCUAUCUAGGCAUUUUAGGAAAGGACGACAUUGACUUUGGCCAAGUCCCUGGCAUUAUGUUGCUGGAGGAAGAGGAUUGCAAGCUACUUACCAAAGUUCAAGAAGUUCUCAACAGUGCUGAGAUCAAGAUGAACUACGAGCUUGCAAGUGUUGGAGCGGUCCCGCAAAGACUUCCAGGUGCUGACAACUGUGGCUACGGAGGCAAGAUCUUGAAGGUGACGUCCUACAUGCUAGACAGGGCCGCCAUCUGGCCUGUUACACAUCUCAUGGCACGCAGUCUGGAGACCCAAGCCAAUCACAUGAGAGUGCGAGCAGAGGAAUCGGUAUCUCAACGUGAGUAGGGGCUUCAAACCUUCAUCUCUCCUAUGGAGCGACGACACAACAAAAACGAAGACGGGACUGGAAAAGUAUACCCAAAAAGUAUCUUUCUGUAAAAAGUACGACAUUCGGAAGGAGGAGGCACAUAAGCUCUCUCUAUAACAUUUCUUCUCACAGUACAUAUGGGCGGAAAGCUGUUCAUUGAACUGGCAUGGUUUUUUUGUAGCGGCUCUUGCCCUACUUCGAGGUUCUUACGGUCUACGAUUCGCUCAUGAUACUUACGAAACCUCGAUACGACACCACCGCUUUUCUUUUUGCACGACCAGAAGCACGCAUAAAUUCGACCCUAAUCGCAUUGACAACCAUUUCUUUUCAGUGGCCACAGAGCCAUAGUUUACCCAUAAAAUAUACCAUGUCAUACAUCCGGUCGUUUAUCUUAAAAGACUUCUUCACUUCUCAACGACGAAGCCAAUCAUUGGUCUAGGGACAUUGCCUUCUUCCCACUGGAUUUUUGCGGGGGUUUUACUGGAGCUCUGCUACUUGCAAAUGAUUGAGUUGGUUUUAGUUUUGAAUGUUACUGCUUUGGGUUGGGUGGAUGGAUCUUAGGGCACGACACGGCGUGUAGGGGGCUGUCUGAUGCUUCUGCCUACGUCAUGAUGAUCACGAAACAAGAUGGGGUUGGCGAAAAAUGGGGUGGUGUGCUGAGCGUCUUUAAUCCGUGGGGGGAAAAAAGCAGAGGAUGGAAGAGUUACGGGAAAUGAAUCAUAAGCAAGCAAGCAAGCGACGUGCUGAAGGCUCAAGGACUUCAACACCUGCCUGCCUGACUUGCUGUUUGAAUGGACGCGAAUUGGGAUGAAUGGCCAGCGGGCCACAUGGCGGGUUACGUCGGAAGAACCCAGGUACUUUGCCAUGGUCUACUUUAUCUACUUAGCUUGCCCAAGCAGUACAGUAAAUAAAUGAAAACGCAACCAGGCGCGAUUUGCCAU